CGGACACCACGCGCGUUCAUCUCCCAAAACGUAAACACUCGGUGCAUUCACACAAGACGUCGCCGGAAAAAAAAUCGUACCCAUACCUGAUCCGGAGAAAUUGAAUUAACCCAAACCUACCACAACAAAAGCUUUAAUAAAAAAUAAAUAAAACAAUUAAACGGAACGCGAGCCUGCGAACGCUGGAAAAAAAAUAGACGCGUCAAAGAUUAAAUAAAGCACGGAGAAGUGAUAAUCGCAAAAGUGGCGACGUUAGGUGCUCGCGUGGAAUGCGCGGGAGCGGAUUUGUUUAGCGCGCGCGCACGCCCCGACCCCGCCGUGCCGCCCUCCGAGCAGCCGGCCAUGGCGACCGAGACAGCUCGGUUGCAUGCAGGCGGCGCCGCGGGCGAGCAGCAGUACUCGCUGCGAUGGAACGACUUCCACUCGGCCAUGGUGUCGUCGUUCAGGCGACUGCGCGACGAGGAGGACUUCGUCGACGUCACUCUGGCCUGCGCUGGGGCCACUUUCACUGCACACAAGGUGGUCCUAUCAGCUUGCAGUCCGUACUUCCGAAAAUUACUGAAAGCAAACCCUUGCCAGCACCCUAUUGUAAUUCUACGAGAUGUUCACGACAAAGACAUGGAAAGUUUACUAAGGUUCAUGUACCAGGGCGAGGUCCACAUCGGACAAGAGCAAUUAAAAGAGUUCCUAAGAGCAGCCCAGCUGCUGCAGGUGCGAGGGUUGACGGAUGUUCCUCCACCAGCACCUUUGCCGACCCUUGACCAGAAAGCUUCACCAUCAGCAUCAUCAUGGACGGAAACCGGCAGCGGGGGUUCCCGCGAGGGCCGGGAGCCGCAGCCGCGCGAGGGUCGCCGCUCACGCCGCCCCGAUGAGGGCAACCCGUGCACUCCACCCCCCAAGCGCGCACGCUCCUCAGAUCUCUACCAGGCACAGAUGAAGACCAGGACGGAACAACUGUUGGCGGUGCAAGGCGCGAGUCCGGAACGAAUGGGCACGAAUGGACACGAGCUCGCUCUUUUCAGCCAGGCACUGGAAACUGCACAGAAUCCACCCUUCUCUGGCGUGUCAAAUCAUUUGUCAGGUGACGGCGAUGAAUCUUCCUCCGACGCGGGCGCGAGUGACACAGAAGGCGAGAACAGAGCUAAACAGGAACCGCUGGACUAUGACGACCCCUCCACCAUGGCCAACACCAACGGCGCUCUCCCCCCCAACUUCCCAGGGCUACUCAACUUGCCAGGCUUUCCCGGUUUGCCAGGGCCUUCAGGAAUACCGGAUAACUUCGGCGGAUGUCGUAGAACGCAAGAUCUGCUACGCGUGCGAGCCACAGACCCCAGACCGUGCCCGAAGUGCGGGAAGAUCUACCGCUCUGCGCAUACACUGAGGACGCAUCUCGAGGACAAACAUACCGUGUGCCCUGGCUACCGCUGCGUACUAUGCGGAACUGUGGCUAAAUCUCGCAACUCUCUCCACUCGCACAUGUCGCGCCAACACCGCGGAAUUUCCACCAAGGAUCUCCCCGUGCUGCAGAUGCCGACUCGCUUCGACCCCGAACUCGCCAGCCAGUUACUAGCAAAAGCCGGGGUGAAAGUGUCUCCCGAGCAGUUGAGGGCACGCGCGUCUCCCACCGGUCCUCGUCGCUCAGAUAUCAAGCUGGACGCCAAGUCUGCUGCCUCCGAGAACAGCUCGCUUUGUGGUGAUAAUGACGACGAUCUCAGUCAGUCCAAAUACCAGGAUUCUAUACCCGUCUCUCCUCCACAUAUAAAUAACCUGACCAAUACGACGAUCACAAAAGUACCAGCAGUUCGAGCAGUGACAGCCAAAGCUCUGGAGAAUCUGCCCCACGGUCUGACCAUGAAGCACGAUGAUUAUCCGCCAGGGUUUGGUGGCGGGUCUGCCAUACUGGAUACUUAUUUGCAAUAUAUCGGGGAAAACGUAUUUGGCAUGAACGCCGCAAAAUUGGCACAAAUCAACGCAAUGCACAUGGACAGAAAAACCUAUGACGAGCCUUCACCGCAAAUGGGGUCCCUUCCACCACCGCCUACGACAUUAGCCCACCAGCGUUUCUUGAAGCAAAUGCAAAGGCAGUACACAGAGAACAUGGGGAAACCUGACAUCAUGCGAGAUUCAGACGAGCCGUUGGACCUUGGGAAGGAGAGACAGAGGAAUGACGGCAUCAGCGAAGUGGAGACAGAUAAACAGGAUAUGCUGGACAAGGACAUGAACAAAGAUUAUUACAAAGGCUACAAUGACGACGAGAGAAACAGAGGGAACUGUGAGCAAGAUCUAGACCACAGCGGACAAGACGAAGGCGAUUAUUCCGAGGAUGAACACAACAAGAUUGCGUCUUCAUGAAAUGAUGUUAUGAAUUAAUUAUUCAAGUGGAACUGUUACGUUUUGUUGAUGGUUUUUGAAAAGGUGCUUGAGUGUUAUGUUUCGUCAUUAGCUGAUUCAUUGUUGACCCGUGGAAUGUCGUUGGUGCCAUUAACCGAUCUAUUGUACAUUUUUAAGGACUGAGUCGAUACUUACGGUUGCUGCUGAGCUUCAACCGGAAUUACGGAAGAAUUUGGCGUUUACUAAUGUAUGAAUACGCUCAUAAUAUAUUCCUUGUGAAGGAGGUCGUAGGGCCCUUUUAGCAGGCCUUCCCCGUGAAGCCACGUAACCGCUAGCUCGCCCCGCGUACACGUUCGCUAUACCGUCGACUCGUCACUUGUGAGAUUGUUUAGAUGUAAAAUAACUAGUGAGUAGUAACUUUAAUCGUAUAUGUAAGGUCCCUGACACGAUAUAGGGCCGCUUACAUAGUAAUUCCAUCCAACUACCUCAACAUUCGGGCCAAUAAGGCGACAUUAUAUAAAAAAAUCCACACAAAUUGUGAAAUUC